AGAGACACUCAGGAGCGCACAGCCCGUCCGUCAGAGCGCACUGCGAGAAAAAAUAUGUUCCCAACCAGAGAAGCUUCUGCGCUCCAACACCUCACACUACUAUUCCACUGCGCCUGAUCUAGACACACGCUCUCUCACACACACACACCACCUGAGCCCGGUCCUCCUCAACUACUCUCCUCCACACACACGCACACACACACUCGGUCUCUCUCUUAUUUUUGAUUUAUUUCUUUGCCAUCAUUCCUGCGCUGGAUCUUUCGUGCCAGAAGAUGUGCGUGGAGAGCGAUGGAUGCGAGAUCGAGGGCUGCAGCAGUUCGGACGAGGUGCGCACGCUGUCGGGCAGCAUGAGCCCGGCGCUGAAGUCCAACCCGGACCUCCACCCCUGCAGACCCGGCCACAAAUUCCGCGCCGCGCUGCUGAAAUGCCGCUCGCCGGCCGCCGCCGCCGGGAUCCUCAGCUUCGGGAACGUCCUGAAUUACAUGGAUCGAUACACUGUAGUCGGUGUCCUGCUCGACAUCCAGCGGCACUACAACGUCACUGACAGCGGAAUGGGCCUGUUGCAAACAGUGUUCAUCUGCAGCUUCAUGGUGGCCGCUCCAAUCUUCGGUUACCUGGGCGACCGCUUCAACAGAAAGGUCAUCCUGAGCUGUGGCAUUUUCUUCUGGUCCAUUGUGACUCUGUGCAGCUCCUUCAUCGGCAAAGAGUACUGGUGGCUGUUUGUGCUCUCCAGGGGACUGGUGGGCAUCGGUGAGUCCAGCUACUCGUCCAUCUCUCCCACCAUCAUAGGAGACCUCUUCACAAGCAACAGCCGCACCAUGAUGCUGUCCGUCUUCUACCUGGCCAUCCCCCUGGGAAGCGGGUUGGGUUACAUCCUGGGCUCCAGCGCCAAGGAGGCUGCAGGAGACUGGCACUGGUCUCUGAGGGUAUCCCCGCUUUUAGGGAUCACGGCGGGAACCCUGAUCCUGAUCUUCGUGCCGGAGCCGAAGAGAGGCAGCGCCGACCAGAUGGGCGGACGCAUCAAGGCCCGCACCUCCUGGCUCUGCGACAUGAAGGCGCUCGCCAGGAAUCGCAGCUACGUUUUCUCCUCCCUGGCAUCAUCAGCGGUGUCCUUCGCCACCGGUGCAUUUGGCAUUUGGAUCCCGGUGUACCUGGCCAGAGCCCAGGUGGUGCAGAAGACCGCGGAGCCCUGCACCAAGGAGAUCUGCAGCAGCACAGACAGUCUGAUCUUCGGAGCGAUCACCUGUGUGACGGGGCUGCUAGGCGUGGUCAUCGGGGCGGCCACCACACGCCUGUGUCGACAGAAGACGGAACGAGCCGACCCACUCGUGUGUGCCGUCAGCAUGCUGGGCUCGGCCAUCUUCAUCUGCCUCAUCUUCGUGGUGGCUAAGAAGAGCAUCGUGGGAGCUUACGUUUGCAUCUUUAUUGGAGAGACGCUGCUUUUCCUGAACUGGGCAAUAACAGCGGACAUUUUGAUGUUUGUCGUUAUUCCGACGCGGCGGGCCACGGCAGUCGCCUUCCAGAGCUUCACCUCGCAUCUCCUGGGUGACGCGGGAAGUCCGUACCUGAUAGGCCUGAUCUCGGACGCCCUCCAGCAGAGCUACGCGACGUCAGCGCUGUGGCAGUUCCUCAGUUUGGGCUAUGCCCUCAUGCUCUGUCCGUUCAUCAUCGUCCUGGGGGGCAUGUUUUUCCUGGCCACUGCCUUGUUUUUCCUGGACGACAGAGAGAAGGCUGAGAAAACGUUGAGCCAGCUGGCACUUCCACCCUCCACAGUCAAGGUAUGACCAGGUGACAACCAAUUGAGGAGCAUCCAAACCAGACAGGGAUGACAACAUGGAGAUAAAAAUGGAGGGCAGCUAAUCCACCUCUUUGAAACUCCACCCGGGGUCAACUUCCCUGUUAUCACCACCGUGAUCCUCCUCCUCCUCCUCCUUGACCUCCACCUCCACCUCCACCUAUACCUCCUCCUCCUCCUCCUCCUCCUCCUCUUCCUCCCUCCUGCUGCUCUUCCUUUUAACACGCUCAUUGAGGCUGCUCAGAACUGGAAUGAGGGAGCGUCUUGCCCCUUCCUGAACUGCCUCUAAAUCACGGGAACACGCUUAGCGGCGUGCUGGUGUGCCGGAGCCACCUGACCAGCAGCUGGUGUCCUCCUCACCUCUGUCUGUGAUCCAUUGAACCUUCCAGGGAGGAGGUUGAGUUGGCAACAAAAAAAAAAUUACAAAAAAAAACAACAUGUUCCCCUCCAACUCCUGAUGCCAUACUACUGAAUGCUGAUCAUGAACCUGCCCUGUCUGUCUGCCUGUCUGUCUCUGUAUGUCUGUCUGUUUCAUUGGCUGUCGAUCUGCACCAAGUGCCAUAGCGUCAUAACAUUCCUUCAGACUUUGCACUGACCACCAACAACCCUCAUGACUUCAUCACUGUCUGUGUUUACAUGCACGCGGUAAUUCGGCUUUUGGCUUCGAAACUGGUCCGAUCCUGCUGUUUACACGAACAUCUGCUGUCACGAAGCUCGUCUGAUGUCCAUGCUGCUCCAAUGCCAAUUUUCCACAAUUUGUGUUACCCAGACUUUUCAACACUUUGAGUAGCUGUAAAAUUCAAGUUACGUGGAGCAAGUGUUGCACCUUGUCAAAAUGUGCUGCAGGACAAUGAUUCAAACGUCCGCCCAUGUGCCCAACAUCACAUCGCCCUGCACAUCUUAUCGCAGUAUUAACAACAUGAACUUCUAACCUAAACACACUGUUUACACGAUGAAUGCAGUAUUCUCAUUAUCGAUCCAAAUUUCGCCGUGCAUGUAAACAUGACCGCCAACCGAGAGCCAAAAAGUGUUACCGUCUAAAGGUCAGUGAAUCGGCCUUAAAAAUCGGAGCUUUCCCAUCUGCAGCUGUUUCCUAUGACCCUCGUAUGUGUGUUUUUAGUUAGCUUGUAGCACUUAAAUCAGUGUAGACAGUGCCACAGGACAUGACAGAGAUCUGAUUUUUCUGCACAUUAUUUUUCAUAAGGUUGCUUGUGAUUUUUUCUAUUCUUUUUAUUGUGUGAUUAUGGAUUUUAAACUGGAGGUUACUGUCUAGGAUUGUUUCAGAAGGAAGAUGAAGCAGUCUAGGCUCUUUUAAGCAGACACUGGAUUAUAUAUUUUGUAUCAUUUAUAAUGUUCUUUUCCCGAAAGUACAUGACAUGCUACUCUUUUGGCUUUUAAGGAGGAACACCUGAGUUUCUGUGUACAUAGGAAGUUUUUUUUUUUUUUCAUGCAAACCAACCGUUUUUUAUCCACACUGCCUUAUCAGUGGGAUGGGUUUCCCAUUAGAGGGGGUAGCUCGCUGAUGGUUGGUUUUAAAUUUCUGGACACACACACCCACACGGGGGCCGAGUCACUUUUAAUGACGGAUUCCAGUCCCGUCCAUGCUGGUUACAAUAACAGCCAUUGUUAAAAGAGAUCGUUUUCCCCUCGCAAUUGUAGAUAUCCCAUUCCACUAUCAGUAGAAAGGACCUUUGUAAAGAGCUGGAGUCCCGCUCGUCAGAUUAUUAGAAAUCGAAAUCCCAGACAGGAAGAGGAAAUCCAUCGGCCCCGGGUCUGACUGACGGCGGCCUCUUAUCACUCAUAAUGGAUAAGUGAGGAAUCUCCCCUUGAAAGCAGAUCCUCAGAUGUCACUGCAGGAGCUGAGUCCCCCUCAAUACCUGCGCCAGAAGUCGAACAUUGAGAUUUCCAUAGGAAGUAGAAGGACACAAUAGACAGAAAACCUGGAUUUGAUUUCAUCACGCUAUGCAUUAUCUUACAUGUAAUUAUGCAAAUGAAAUGCUUGGCCCGGGAGGAGGACUGCAACUAGGUUCUUCUCUGUGCAAAGGCAAUAGCUUCAUUAGGAUACUGUUUUUGUAAUGUGUUACCUGGUGGAUACAAUUUUUACUGAAAACGUUUAGCCACUAAUGUAGUCAGAGUUGUUCAAGCGUGUGCAUAAAAGGGGAAAAAAGCACUUUGCUGACCUUCAAGAAGACACAGGAGGAGGAGGAGGAGGAGGAGGGGGAUGGUCUGACCUGAGCGGGAGGAAGGAAGGGAGACACCGGGCCGGCUGUUGUAGCGUAGAUGUGCGAGCGUGACUCACUGGCUGUGUGCGGGUGCUGUGUGGGCUGUGUCCUUGUUGCCAGAUCAUUAGCUUUAGCUUCUCUCCAACAUGCUUGGAGCUCUCUGAAUGUGAUUCUGUCCAACCUGAUGUGUUUACACACCUCCAUCUUCUUAACGAACUAAGCUUCUUACCUUCCUUUUACCGUUUUUUUUUUUAAUGUUACCAAAUGAGUUUUUCUAAUAACUACAAUAGAGAUAAAUAUAUAUAUAGCUAUAUCACGCAGCAACUUUUAAUAUAUUGUAAAUGAUGGCUUGGAUGCAAUGUAUUUAUUUGUUUGUUACCAUAAUGAAGAAUAAUCUAUAAAGGGAAGUUUAUGGUUUGAGUAUAUUACACUUUGUUAUAUGUCCUUGGGUUUUAGAAAAUGCCUGUUUGUUCAACCUUUUGUAUCACAAUGAAUCAACACAAUACCUUUCUACAUCACUUCCUGUUUACUGUGAUCAUAAAUCGGACAUCUCAAACAUUCUCCUCACCGAGAGAACUAAAGAAAUGCAAUGUGAUGCUUUGAAGACGACAUAUUGGUGUCAUUGUUAGCGUGCAAUACUUUUGCAUUCAUUUUUGUAGCUCAUGUAACUGCUUUUUUUUUCCUGGAAAAGAAGAAGAACAAGAACAAGUCAUUUUGCACACUUAAAUGUUCAGGGAUUUAUUUGACCCAUAGGCUGGCAUCAACUUCUGUCACGUCAUCCUCACAGUAAGUGCUGACAUGUUGUCAUCUGUCUAUAUCAGAAGGAGCCCAGGCUCUGGUCAGAUGGGUCACGAAUUGUGUUUCACUUUUGCCAAAUUUAGUUGAUUUAGCACCAAUCCUCUAGGCGUAGAAGUCCAUUGUGUCGAGUAAUUUUGUGUUAAUAAUCACUGAAGUGAUGUUUUGAGAAUAUGCUACUUCUUGUCGUACAAGAAUCGUGUAAAAAGAGACCUAUUUCUGAUGUUGAACAGAAAACAGAGGUUAUUUUUAUUUUUAGAGCAAGUGAAUACAGGAGAGGUGGCGGAGAAAUCAAAGGAUGUUAUUCUAGAACUGAACUGUGAUGCUCCCUCUGGGGGUUGAUAGAAAAUGUACAUGUCUGUAAAUCAAAUAAACCUAUUUAAUCACUUCAUACCACCA